AUGCCAAUAUUCCAGGAUCCGGACAGAGUGAUAUCAUCGUUUGCUCCGCCGCCGGAGUCGCCUGCCAGCGACAAUGAUGACCACCUUCGCAGUCCCUCGUGGUCUCAGCAAUGGAGGGACGAUGGCCUUGCCGAUGUCGAGAUGACGGGGACCUCGCCGACAAACUGCCACCCCGAUCACUAUCACUCAGCCCACCUUCGCGGUCACCAUAAUGGGCGAAAUGAGUACAUCCAGUCUCUCAAGCGUAGGCAGGCUCCUCGCUGGAAAUCACCCUUCUCGCCGGAAAAGCAUGCUUAUCUAGAACACCACCACCCCUCUUACACUAAACCCUUGGGAAUUCAACACGACACAGCAUACUCGCCACCACACGUCGCCGUACAGGAUAUGUCUGGCGUGGAAGAGAAAGACUUUGCUGUUCCCUUCCCCGUAAUCGAGCGACCUCGCUCGGCCCUGCACUCUGGCGAUUUCACAGAAGGCCUACAAAAUCGAACUCCCGAGCAUCCCGGCCACCAGCGCUUUAACAAUAUUCAAUACGAGCAUGUCGUUGGUCAUCGGUUCAGCACGUCUCCUACGACACCAUGGUAUCUUCAUUCUUUCCCGGCACAUCCACUAGCCAAGGACCCUGAAACAAGCCCGCUGGCCGGACGGGCCAUCGUACCGGGAUCGAGAUCGCGCGCCCCUUCGUUGGGAUCAUUUUCCUCAAGCUACAUUCUCAAAGCGCCUACCAGCCCGCUAGUACAUCAGGCAAAUAAUGCCGAUCUCGAUUUUUCACCAAAGGUCGAUGCACCAGACUUGUCGACUUUUGAAAAGAGCAACCGCCGUCGAACACUGCCUCCAGAGACCUUUGCGCAGUAUCGGGGAUCGCCACCGUCGCAAUCGCGAAACGCUGGUUUCGGGAAAUCGUUCGCAUCCCUCCAAAGGGAAGAAAGCCUGCCUUCUCAGGCUCAUCAGCCCCGAAGGUCCUCGGCGUUCAGCCUUCAACUUGCGUCAUCGCCGCAUGCCCAAUUCCGGCCCCGACGGCCAUCAUUUGCGUCGGAUUUGUCUCCUCGUAUACACGCCUCAAUGGUUGGAUCAUACGAAGAGUCUAUUCUACGUGGAAGGAUGUCGACCAGUCCUUCAAAACCUCUGGAUUUCACCGCUCAGAUCGGGGUAUUGGGAAAAGGCAAAUGCAAAGCAAAUUUGAAAUGCCCGCCCCAUAUUGCAGUACCGUUUCCAGCGGUCUUUUAUAGUUAUCCGACCUCGGGAGCUGGCCGAUCUAUAUCAGAUGAUAAUCCUAGUCCAUAUGUAGGGUUGAUCGAUCUUGAGCACGCAAUCUCACAAAGCACCGCUCGCCAAGAGAGAAAGAAGCACUCCUACGAGCAUCUACCGAUGGAAAACAAAGAUUCGCACGUGCUGGCAGCUUCGUUAAACGAGUCCGCUCAACCUCGCAAGCGAGAAAAGCGUUCGAGCCGAUCUGAAGGAUUGAAAACGCCUCCAGGGGGUUCCUAUCGUAUUCCUCAGCGCGGCCAGCUACAGAUUGUAAUAAAAAAUCCCAACAAGACUGCCGUCAAACUUUUCCUUGUGCCAUAUGAUUUAGAUGGUAUGGAACCUGGAUCGAAAACAUUUAUUCGGCAACGAAGCUAUUCAGCAGGCCCCAUCAUCGACAUGCCCUUGACAGCGCGUAAAAAUUUCGGCACUGAUCGCCCUGAAGCUUCUUUGAAUUCCACUGGCGAUCCCAAGGACAAGCCUACUUUGCGAUAUCUCAUUCAUUUGAAUAUCUGUUGCACAUCCAAGGGCCGCUUCUACCUUUACUCGACUAUCAGAGUUGUGUUUGCCAACCGAGUCCCCGAUGGCAAGGAGAAAUUGCGCAAUGAGAUUCAGUAUCCAGAGCCCCGCUACAGUCCCUAUAGGCCGGUCAAGGAUUUAUCCAAUGCCAAUUCUCGUCAACCUGCCGAGAAUUCAUUCAGGCGACGCAGUACGGUAGCCGGACUCCCAGAUUCUCAAUUCCACGACAGCAAUAACACCCUCCACCUUCCCCCUCAUACCUCCUCCCCUUAUGCGAAACAAUCACCGCCUGCAUCACCAACAAACACAGCGGCUACUCUCCCAUUCAAAUUAUCCACCCCGAAUCCCAGGCGGACUUUGCUUAUACAUGAUGCUGGCUCAUCAACAAUAACAGCAACAGCACCUUUUGGCAGCCCCUGGCAGGAACAGCCAACCCUACCCGGCGACGACCCAUUUUAUCACAAGACACCAUCUCCGUUCUCCGGCCGCUCCUCCUCUUCCUCAUCAAUAGCUCCUGAGUCCACAACAGUCCCUCCUCACUCGCCAACGAGUCUGCAACAACAUGAUACUAAUACCGAUAUCGAUGCCGAUGCCGAUGCUAAAAAAACCAGCGAUCUAUACAACAAACUCCAAAAGGGAGACGUUGGCUACGGAGGUUUCUUUGGCUCUUUGGUGGAACCAUCAUCAUCAGAAAGCGGAGAAAGUCUAUUGGCGCAGAAGCUGAAGGAUUGGACUCGUACACAAUAA